AUGACUGCUUAUAUUCCACCGCCAGGAAUUGCGGAUUAUGCGGCGUCGAAAGCUGGUUUGAUCGCGUUCCACGAGGAGAGACCAAUCAGUCCCAGUUCUUUUUUACCGCUUCUGCAUGUUACGGUCGUGGAUGCUAUUGUGGACACACUUGACAGUGGACUUAGCCAGACUAUUUUUCUCCCGGGUAUCUUUAGGCUUCUUGCAGGCUUGCGAGGAGCCCUUGAUUGGGCGCAGAACUUGAUUCGUGGUGGUACCAAAUCUCUGAAAGUUGAAUUCAAAGGGCACCAGAAGAUUGAUCCGCAGACCGGAAAACGUGUUGCUUAA